AUGUCAGAUUGCGCGCUGGUAACCAGUGUAAGUGAGCACGAUGCUAGUAUGGAUGUGGGGAACGACAAAUCCCUCUUCGAGCCUACAGUUGAAAUGAUGGUAAAUGAUUUCGACGACGAGAGAACAUUAGACGAAGAAGAGGCUUUGGCGGCAGGUGAGCAACAGGACCCUAAGGCGGAACUUAACAGCCUCCAACGUGAAGGUGAUAUGCCCUUAGAGGAAUUACUAGCUCUGUACGGUUAUAAUCGAAAUAUGGAGAAACCUAUACCUGAACAACCACCAGAGGUGGUUCCUGAAGAGACAGAAAAGACAGAGUCUGCUUUACAGCAGCUUUACACUGAGACCACAAGUCCUGAAGCUACUAGAUGCCUACGCUCUGGCUCUAGACCUCCAUCUGAAGAAGAAGAUGAUUAUGAUUAUAGCCCAGAUGAAGAUGACUGGAAGAAGACCAUAAUGGUUGGUAGUGAUUACCAGGCAGGUAUACCAGAGGGUUUGUGCAGCUAUGAUGAUGCUUUGCCCUAUGAAAAUGAAGACAAACUGUUAUGGAAUCCAAACAUCCUGGAUGAGAGAGUUAUUGAGGACUAUAUGAGAAAAAUUUGUGCAAUGAACUCUAGUACUGGUAUAGAUGCUGUACCUCGUGGUAAGCAAUUGCGUGAUGAUGAAGAGGCAUUAUUCCUACUGCAGCAGUGUGGUCACAAUAUAGACGAAGCUUUAAGAAGAAGACGCAUAUCUUCCCAAACCCCAGCGCAUGCAAAUGUCUGGUCAGAAGAAGAAUGUCGUAACUUUGAAAGUGGGAUAAAAAUACAUGGUAAAGAUUUUCACUCAAUACGACAACAGAAAGUACGAACUCGAUCUGUUGGGGAGUUAGUACAAUUCUACUAUAUAUGGAAAAAGACAGAGAGGCAUGAUAUAUUUGCAAACAAGACACGGUUGGAGAAGAAAAAAUACAAUUUGCAUCCCGGCCAUACUGACUAUAUGGACAGGUUCUUAGAAGAACAGGAAACGACAGGUACCAGUGUUGUACGACCGGUAUCACCAUCAAUGAUGGUCUAUGUGCCUUCCCCAGCCACACAGCCAGAUCCUUUAGCCCUCGGGGAAAAGGAGGUUUUCUCACAACUAGCACACUCGUCACCUCCACACACACUAUCAACAGAUGAACCGGAAAUGGAAAAUGUUUCCUAA